ACGACUAGUUUGGGUAGCUAGCUAGGGAGCAAACCCUGGGAGUCUUCGAAGUGUAGCAUAUCUGUGUGCUACAAACCACCCGAUAACGUUAUGUUGUCCGAGGGGUUUGUCUCUUGACACCGAGAGGGACACGAGAGAAACUGAACAUUCUCAUGUUUCUGACAGAAUGAUGGAAGUUAUCAGGGGUUGUUUUAACUCCUAAAUUCCAUUAAACGUUUGUGAGACCUUCCAGCGGCAACAAUAACAACAGCUGGCUAAAGGAGCGGUUAGCCAGCUUCCCGGAAGGAGGCCGCCACAGCGCCGGGUGGAGAUUUAACUUUUUUUUUGCCUCAACAUCUGCUCAACGUAAAGACCCUAAAAGUGAUACGUAUUUAUUUAUCUUGGUAAGAAUGGAGUCCACGCUGGGGAUUUGCAACGAAGAAUGCUUGGCAACUGUAAAAGCUCAGGAGCUGAGGUCUGGCCAGAAGGAGUCCAGGUUACUGUCACUAAUUGAACACAAUGGAGAGUUUAAACUGGGUGUUCUGGCCAACCCUGAAGCUGUUGUGUCCCGUCCGGUGGCUCAGUUGUCCAUACCCAUUAAUGAUAAAUUUGAAAUUGUACGAGAAGCUGAAGAGGCCUUGCUCAUUGACCUCUCCAUAGAUUCCUGUGUUAGAAUACAAAUCAAAGGAGAAAAGGCGCCAGAGCUGCUGUUGGAACUUCAGGAUGAUGAUCGGACUCGGCUCUUCUUAACCCAGGUGAAAAGUGCUCAGCGACAAGUUGCAUCCAAACUCACCAAACCCAAAGCCAUGGAGCCCCUUGCACCAACACCUCAAAGAGGGCCAGGCCCCAUCCCACCCCAAAGAGCAGCCAAGACACCCAGUGCUGUGGGUGUUGGAGAAAACUCAGCCAACACGUUCAGUGCACUGGAAUCCAGCCUCAAUGACAGCACUUCAACAAAUCAUAAUACGACAGAUCCAGCUCACAUGCUUGCAGAUUUUGGAUUUGAGGAGAAAUUUAAUAACACUCAGAGAGUCGAAGAGAAGAAGAACAAACAGAAUCGCAUGGUUGCCUCCAGGGAGCCACCACCUAUUCCCCCUCUACCUCCACGGAAAGCCUCAGUCCCGCCAUCAAAUCCUCUUCCUCCCACACCCAUUCCAAAAGACAAGCCUACGGCAGUGCAGGCCAGAGGGAACUCUGCAGUGCCUAGCACUAAGUCAGAUAGUUUCAGGUCAGGGUAUGAUGGUGUGGACAAGCCUGCGUCUUUGUGUGAAAGUCCCACAACUAAAACCAUGCCCUCCAGUCCAUCGGGACAAAGAGAAUUCCUUAUUAAACAUUGUUUGGGGAAGAAGGAGAAGGAAUAUGUGGACAUAAAACACUUCAGUUUUUUUGUAGGGACGUGGAACGUUAACGGCCAAUCUCCAGACAGCAGCCUUCAUCCUUGGCUCUGCUGCGACCCCGACCCUCCCGAUGUUUAUGCAAUUGGUUUUCAAGAACUGGACCUGAGCACAGAGGCAUUUUUCUACUUGGACUCGUCAAAAGAGCAUCUGUGGAUAGACGCAGUGGAGAGGACCUUGCACCCAAAAACCACGUACAGAAGGAUUCGGACUAUACGACUUGUUGGGAUGAUGCUCGUGGUUUAUGCAAAGAAGAUGCACAGGAAACACAUAAGAGACGUGGCUGCAGAGCAUGUGGGAACAGGAAUUAUGGGAAAAAUGGGGAACAAAGGAGGCGUGGCAGUGAGGUUUGUGUUCCACAACACCAGCUUCUGCUUUGUAAACUCCCAUCUUGCUGCGCACGUGGAAGACUACGAGCGCCGUAAUCAGGACUACAGAGAUAUAUGUGCUCGCAUGACUUUCCAUCUUCUGGAACAACCCCCUCUAAAUAUUGUCAAGCACGAUGUGGUAAUCUGGCUGGGGGAUCUAAACUAUCGUCUCUCCAUGAGCGAUGCAUCGGAGGUGAAACAGCUUAUUAAAGAAAAUGCCUUGAAGAAACUUCAGGAAUACGACCAGCUGACCCAUCAGAGGAAGCACAAAAGAGCUUUCACAGACUUCAUAGAGGGAGACAUUACCUUCGUUCCCACGUACAAGUAUGACCCUAAAACGGAUCGAUGGGAUUCAAGCGGGAAGUGCCGAGUCCCGGCGUGGUGUGACAGAAUCCUGUGGAGGGGCAGCAGUAUUGAGCAGCUUAAAUACCGAAGUCACAUGGAGCUGAAAACAAGCGACCACAAGCCCGUUAGCUCCCUCUUUAAGAUAGGGGUGAAAGUUGCAGAUGAGCAACGCCGCAAAAAGGUGUUUGAGGAGAUUGUUCGCGCAAUGGACAGGAUGGAAAACGACUUCCUUCCAUCCGUGUCUCUGAGCAACAUAAAUUUUACAUUUCCAGAUGUAAAAUUCAGGCAGCUUCAGAAGGAGCGCUUCCUGAUAAAAAAUGAUGGUCAGGUCCCCUGCCACUUUGCCUUCAUACCCAAACUCAGUGACUCCCAGUAUUGUAAGCCCUGGCUGCGCGCCGAGCCCAGUGAUGGAUUCUUAGAGCCAAACGAGACUCUGGAAAUGUAUCUGGAGGUGUACGUCAGCAAAGACUCUGUCACCCUGCUGAACUGUGGAGAAGACACCAUAUGCGAUAUUCUGGUGCUUCAUUUGGACCGUGGCAAAGAUUACUUUAUCACCAUCUCUGGAAAUUACCUGCCCAGCUGCUUUGGCACAUCUCUGGAGACUCUGUGCCGCAUGAAGAAGCCGAUCAGAGAGAUCCCCAUCGAGAAACUAUGUGAUCUGGGAGAGGACACCUUCAUGGAAAAGGAAAAGUCCAAGGUGACCUUUCUGAUGGCUGAUGGAGCAAGUUCUGACGACAUACCUUUGAAGAUCCCCAAGGAGGUGUGGGUCCUGGUUAACCACCUUUACAAAAACUCCUGUGAUCAGGAGGACCUGUUUCAGACACCAGGCUUACAGGAGGAGCUGCAGAGCAUCAUUGACUGUCUUGACACCAGCAUCCCAGACUCCCUACCCGGCUGUAACCACUCUGUAGCCGAGGCUCUGCUGAUCUUCCUGGAGGCGCUGCCGGAGCCCGUGUUGUGUUACGAACUCUACCAACGGUGCCUGGACUGUUCUCAUGACAGCCGCCUCUGCAAACAGUUAAUCUCCCAGUUGCCUCGAGCUCACCGCAACGUGUUUCGCUACCUGAUGGCAUUUCUGAGAGAACUCCUCAAACACUCCACCAAUAACAAUCUAACGGCUAGUCUUGUUGCUACCCUCUUUGCCAGUCUCCUCAUUCGACCACCUCCUAACCUGAUGAGCAGGCAGACGUCACAUGAUCGACAAAAAGCCAUCGACUUCAUUCUGGGUUUCCUCAUGGCGAGAGAUGAGGAAUAACCAAGGCUGAGGAUUCCCCGUGGUGCCGAUAGGGCUGGAGCGGAUUCUCAGCAUGGCAGUCGACCCGGACCUGUGUUGCACUAAGUGUUUCAGACUUAUUUUUGUGUCAUCUGUUGGAGACCAGUGCACCCUCCGUUUGAUCAUCUGAUAUCUGAGGUACCGAAGACUUUCAUUUGAAACUGUGUCAUAUCUUCAGUUGGUACAUGGGGUGACCCGAUGCUGGAUGUGGAAACUGUUGGGAGAAGAUGUCUGAACUGAGGCCUGUGCACUUUCUAAUGACAUAAAGGAUGUGUAACCCCCCCGACCGGUCCUUGCUCUCAGCUCUUCUAGGUGCUCAUGCCAAAAUCUCAGUAGUGAGAGUUGUGAAUGCAAUAACACUAUGUACACUGUAAUAAAUGACAUUAACUUAACCAAGUAAUGUCAGCUAGUUCCAAUAAACCUCGUCGCUAAAAUGUAGAGUAAUGUACAUUAGGUUUAGUGUUGACACAACUUGCUUAAGUAAAUUCAACAUUUCAGUUCUUGGAGCUUUCCCAUAAAGGCUAAACAAAAUAUUUACUUACUCUAAAGACAGGAAUAGUAUGUCCUUAAGCUGUAGUUAGUUAGAAUAAUGUAUGAGCAAGUACGUGUUUCAAACCCUCAAGUGGUUUUAGAGCAUUCUGUCACUGAGAAUCUCUAUGCUUUAGAUAAAUCAUGACAAUCAUUUGUUGCUGCAACAGUAAGAUACUUUAAGUUCACGAAUCUGUACUUUUUAAACAGCUAUUUAAGUGUUUUUCAAAGUUUGCACCAUUUUAGCAGUUUUUUUUUUCCUUUUCUUAUUUUUUUUGUUUUUGCUGUCGUUAGGUGAGUUUUUGUACCCACAUUAGUUAAAAACCACAUCAGUUUUACCACCCACUUAAAGAAAAGUGUCUGCAAAUGUUUUCAGUGUUUUGUCAAACCCUCUUGAGUAAUGGCAGAAGUCAGUUAACACACUGAUUCCCUGGUUAACCGGAAUCAGAAGCGGUCCACCCUCUUGUUGUUUUUAAUUUUUUCAUGUCUUAAACUAUGUAAAUAGUCAACGUUUCGUGACUGUGUGGUGGUUUGACCCUGUGAUGGUGUCUGUUGUGAUGGCGGUACUGUUUGUUUGUUUACAUGUGUUCUUCCUCACAUCCGCUACACCUGAAAACUCAUCUGUCUGUGUUUUUCUUGCACCUGUGUGCAGCCCUGGUGCUGUGUAAAGCUCUUAAGUGCUGCAGGAUUUUUGAGGAGGAGACUAAACACAAUGUCAUGGAUCAUUGCUCUUCUCAUGUCUGCUCUUCUUUCUGACCUGCACCACAGAUUCUAAAGUUUUCUGUAGCUACUGUUAUGUAACACACGCAGUUAUAGAAAUAAGGAACUCUUUCUGCUGUGUUUACAGGAUAUUUCCUCUUUAAACGUUUGACUCAACAGAUGCAGCAGUUAGUUUUCACAAUUUGUCCUGCCUGCUUCAUUUAACCGUAUUAAUAGCUGAAGGAUUCUUUUGCUGAUGGUUUAGAAAUCCAGAAGCAUUUCAUUUUAUGAAGCCACCACAAUAUGGAAAAUGAAAAUGCUGAGGAUUAUAGCAAGUUGUUAAAAUCCUCCUAGGACCUUAAUUAAUUUUCUUAUUUGGAUUUUCGUUUGUCUACCUGAAGUCAACACACUAAAAUCCUCUGUUGGAUGUAUUUAAGCUGAGAUUUGCCAAAGAUGGCUGGAGCCUGUGAGUUUGUAUGUGUUGUUGAUGAUUAAACAUUUGGGAGAAACCAUUUUGCAGCAAAUCUGUUUACUUUGUCUUCAUAGAUGCAAACGAAACAUAAAUAUAAUCAACAGCUUCUGAUUUUAGGUGUUAGUUCACACAGCUGUACCCUGGUGUGGACUUCUGUUUGGAAGGACAGUGAAACAAAUGUUUUCCACUUAGCAGAUUUUUGGAACUCUUAAUUUAUUUAAAGAAAUAAAAUAAUGUACAGAGCCA